CUGUCCCUAAUACUGAACAUCACUGCAAACCAAGAUGGCCAAGUUCGUGGGAAAGACACUGGAAGAAAUUGCCGCUCUGCCAGUGUUUCCCGAGCCUGAGGAAACUGAUGGUGGUACUGUCAGUGCAGGCGGUCCUGGCUACGUGUAUUUCAUCACGGAAAGUGGACACACCAGUUAUUUCAAGGUCGGCAGGACCGUGAAUCCGAAAAUUCGCGCUGGGAAUCUUCAGACGGGGAAUCCUCGGGAGUUGACAAUGCAGGCAAUUGAAGUGCCUCAAAUGAAAGUUGAGGACCGUUUGAAGGAGGCUAUGGCGGCCAAGUACAAUAGAGCAAACGGAGGAAAAGAGUGGUUCUCUGGAAAUGUGGCAGAAGCCUACAAUCUGUUUCUGGCCAUUGUCAACGCUGCUUGAGGACUGCAACUUGACCUUGAACUACCGCCUAGAACUCAUAGAUUAUGAUGUACCUUUUAAUUGCUAAUUUUCUCAAAUCAGGGGCGAUGUCUACAUUAAUUUUAACACAGUAAAUCACA